AUGCAGGCGCCUCCGAAGCGCGACCCGCUCGUGCCUGCCUCCGAAAAUCAACUCAAUCCAAAGUGCAUGCCCGAUUCUCCCUCCCGAAAACGAAAACGUGCAUUUAGUGAUGCUCAGGCGAGCAAGGCUGCUUCGAUAGCUGCGAAGGCAUUGAGUUCAAAUGCACGACCUCAGUCAGCCACCUUCACCGUCGUCGCCACCCUCGCGCGUGCAGACCUUUCGCUUGCCUGGAUCGACCAGAGCACCACUUCCUCCGAUCUUCCACCAGGGUAUACUUUUGAGAGUUCCGGUCCGGCAUUUAAGAAUCUCGCGCCGAAACAUGUCACAAUAGCCCGCUUGAACCCCAAUGGCCGACUUUACGCUAUAGAACGGAUCCAAGACCGAGCCUUCGUUGCGGUACUGCUACACAAUUGGGUCUGCGAGGAGUCCUGCAGGAAUGCUGUGAGCGGGAAUGAUGAAGCUUCAAAGCAGCAGACCAUGGGCCCGGACCGGAACGAAAACUUCCGUAGCCACUCUCGUGCUGGCUCUUCGUCUAGCGUGAGAUCGGUACCAUUACCUGUACCGCGCAGUCCAAAGAAGCCUGCGAAUCGGAAGGGUGCACUUGCCAGGAUGUCUAUUCUAAAGUCAAAAGAUCGCGCAGAGGAAGCUUCGCCACUCGAUGACACUCCUGUUGAUAUUGUGCAAUCCCCGCAAGAGCUAGAGGGCAGAAUGGCAGGUGCCACUGCCGCAUUUCAGGAAUCGUCUAAUCCAGAAUAUCUACCAGCUCUAUCGCUUGAGCAACCCUCUACAACUGCUGUGAACCAGCCAAAUGCCGUCCAGGACACCCCCGAGCCUGGUAACACUUUCGACAUACCACCAAUCACCCAAAGGUUUGAGUCAGGCACGGUCGAGCACCUCCGCAUGCAAUAUCUCGAGACGCUCUAUCUAUCCAGAACAUCCCUGGCUUUCUACGCCAAAAGCUCUCUUGUUCGUGCGCGGGGUCUGCUUAAAGACCCGGACCUAUCAAUUACGCUUAAUGAUUUGAAAGAGGUCUACAAUUCCGGUAUGCUUACAACACGACGCAUGGAGAAGAAGUACAAAGAAACUAUCCCCAAUAUGUUGAAAGACUUGGAAUCACCUGCAGCUGAAGAAAAGCAGAAGAGGAAGAAAAAAAGUAAACCCCAAGCCAUGAAGUUGGGCAAGAAUUGCCUCUACAGUGGCGAAGAUGAGCUUGUCCGAAGAUGGUGGGACCAACGAGAGGUGUCGGGCAACGAAGAGGACCGAGAGAAAAGGAGCAAGCAGCGCUUGACAGAUUUACGCGUGCGAGAAACCGAAAUGCAAGUGCUGCUGAUUCUCGAAGCUUUGACUCUGGACUCCAUCACACCGAAUCAGGCACUCGAGACCGCCGUCCAUUCGGGUCCCAAGAUCAAAAGCGAAGCCUCAGACGAGGCCGUCAUUCCCAGAAACACGCCGGUCACCAAAAAGGCAAAAGCGCCAAAUUAUCUUGCUGAACUAGAAACACUCCUCGAUCGACUGUGUAUCUGGCACGCUGUGACGUUAGACGAUGUUCUCGAGUCGCCCGAUAAGGCCCAUGAUGGUGUCGACAAAGGAAGAGACCGUCUUAAAGAGUUCUGUACGGAUGUGGUUGUUCCAUUCUACGCUCCAAAAGUUCCAACCUUUGUCAAGGUUGUAUGUAAGAAGCUUGGAGGGCCUAGCAUUUCGCCGCAACGGCCGAAGCAGCCGCGAAGCAACACCAGUACUCGCCCAUCGAGCAGCUCUGGAAAGGGCAAGAGCCAGCCUGUGGUGAAGAUGUCGUUGCAACGAGUUCUCAGCGAAGAUCAGGAACUACGGCACGCAACCCCUCCUAUCCUUUCACGCUCCUCUUCCGACAAGCGAAAAUCAAGCAUUAAACGCGAGCCAUCGGAAAUCAUGUCGCGCCCCUCAAGUCGAGCUGGGUUGCAGAAGUCGGUAAGCUUCAACAACCGCGAGGUCGAUCUGGCAGCAGAUGCUCGUAUCCAAGAGGCAAAACGACGCAAGCUCGAGAGAGUCGGUCUGCAGAAGAAAGAGCUCGCCGCAGCUAUCGAAGCUCUCAAGAAGCCAAACCGAACCAGUGCUGCAAAGGAAAUAGUGGACGAGGCCGAAAAGCGAAAGGCUGCUAGAGAUGCCGUCCAGAUCACAGCCACCCCCAGCAAGCCGAGAUCGCAUAGCUUCGCAACAGCGAUGUCCUACGCGGUAGAACCGAAGGUCGUCCAAGCACCGGUCGCUCCCGUCAUUCCUUCGUCGACCAUCAAGCCAGCGUCCCUGACUCUUCCGCGGUCAUCAGCCACAAAACGAGCCGUGUUAGAUGCAAUUCACGACACGCCGUCCCGUGGUGAUAGCCGAAGAUCUGAUCCAUUGAACCUUGGUCUUCCUCCUGCAUCACACAGCGCACUCGUCGCUGCCACGCCGUCCAUUAGGCGCACACGCUCAGACCUUCCUGUUGAGACGCCUCUCCAGACUAGCAAAAUGACCAAAUCGGGCAAAGCAGUUCUGUUCACGCCUUUGAAGCGCAGCGACGUUACCAUGGAAGACGUGUUCAAGGAUGCGCCAGAAAUCCCUGAGAAGGCUGGCAUGGCCAUGGACAGGGUGAUGGGUGGCAAGGGUGUUGGCGAUCAAUUGUUCAGUGACAGUGGCAUCGGCAGCAGUGGAGGCCGUGGAACUCGUAUGGAGCAGAGCCUCUAUGCUCAGCUGGGGUGGGACGAAGAUUUUGAUGACCUAUAG